AUGUUUCCCACACGAGCGCUCUGGGCGCGAUCCGUCUGGAAAGGCCCGCACAUUGUCCCUCUCCCAAUCAUACGACCGAAGCCCGGCGAAAAAGUGCCUCCGAUCAAAACACAGGCCCGCGCUGCGACGAUUCUACCGAACUUCGUCGGCCUUAAGUUUCAAGUGCAUAAUGGGAAGAUCUACAACGACAUAACCAUCACGGAGGAUAUGGUUGGGCGCAAGCUGGGAGAGUUCUCUCCGACGAGGAAGAAGUUCACCUACAAGCAAACGAAGAACAAGUGA